AUGGCGAAUGAGAAAUUUUUAGGACAAUCGAGCCUGAAAUUCGGUUUGAAAGAUAUCUGUGUCACCAACCUCUCAAAGUUCAAAAAAGGUCACAUUGCAAUUGACAGUCCAGAAUUGUUUAACACACGCAGCUUAGAAAAAAAUAAUUUAAAAAAUAAAAAAUUCAAAUGCAGAACACUGAUCGUCAUAGAAACAAAAAUCUACAUACGCGAAGUGUGUUUGAGUGACAAGUUUGACAAAAAGGAUUUGGGAUUUAGUGGCGAGCCUUUACUUUCUACUUCCAGCAGGAAUGACCUUGACGUACCACGCUCUCUGUUUCGUGACGGUUUCUUCUCUGAUGGCUUGGAGCAGCAACAGGCCAGGUUCGCAUGGACGGAGGAAGAUGGCAACAUUGCAUCUCUGGUCUCCGAGCCAGGGUUUGGUACCACUGGACAAACGACUUUCGGCAAAGACUUGGAUGCCGCGCUUAAGAGUGAGAUGAAGGAAGCCGACACUUCUAGUGCAGUGCUGCAACCUACCAACCGAAAUGGCAUCACAUUCAGUAAAAAGAUAUUUGGAGAACCCCAUCUCGUAUCUUCUACAUCUGCAGGAUCUUCAGGAACGGGUACAGAUCGCAAUAAGGGUCCUGGUACGUGUAAGGUGGACAAAACGGAUCCUCGCUCCAGAUUCCACUACGUGAAGUAUGUUAAGAGGCACGGACGGACUGUCAAGCUAUGGGAAUGUGGUAUUUGUAGCCGCGAGUUCCAGCACCAGUACACGUUGAUGCGUCACCUCCCCACCCAUACUGAUGAGAGGAACUUCCACUGCGUCGCCUGCGGGAAGAGCUUCAGACAACUGUCUACUCUGAGCCAGCAUCGCGCCAUACAUUCUGCUGAAAGACCUUAUGCAUGCGAGGUCUGCAACAAGACGUUCAAUCGCGUGUCCACUUUGAUCUCCCAUCGCAAGACUCAUUCUGAUGAGAAGCCAUACAGAUGUCAUAUUUGUCCCAAAGGAUUCCAUCAAAAAGGAAAUCUUCGUAACCAUCUGUUCACGCAUACCAAUGAACGUCCAUAUCGCUGCAACAUUUGUCUGAAAGGAUUCAAUCAACAGUCCAACUUGGUCUGCCAUAAAAACAAAGCUCACCCAGAUGACAGCAGUUGUCCGCCAGUGAAUGUCCGCGGAAGAUCCACCACUCCUCGCAUUACUCGUUCAGUUACUGAAACUCAACCUGAUACUACAAGGCCCCAAGCAGAGCAUUGCGAAGUAUCGUCCUCAGUGGGACCUUACCUACCAUCAGUUGAAGGCCCAUCCUCAUCAACUUGGACCCCAAAACCAGAUCCUUGGGAGCUUCCUAAGCCUUACCUGGAACCUGGAGAUAUUUGGAACGAAGGUCCUUGGGCGUCUAUGAGCAGUGGAGUGAUUGUGGACCCUAUAAAGACUUACCAUAUGGGUGUUGCAUUGGCUACUAGGCAGACGCCAUUUGCCUUGUUGAAACCUGAUAAUGGAACUCCUGUGUUGGUUAAAGUGGUUGAUACGAAGCUACCUGGUGGGAAGCAGAUGUUAGUACCAGCCACUGCAGAAGAUCUAAGAGUUGGAGGCAAAAUAGUUCUGAAAAAUGAUACAGAAACUGGCGUUGUUCCGCACGGUGAAAUAGAACCGAGAAUGGAAGCGAACGGUGCAGUGCAGAUUAGAGUGCCAGUUGUAGCGACUGUAGUGCCCAGGAUCAAACCUGGUGGAAGACUUCAGCUUACUGUCGAAGAACCCCAUCAUGCUUAUCAUACUGCGUUGUCUGCUGAUGUCGGUGAAGUGAACGUGGAACCGUGCACCACUAGGAAUGAGCUUCGUAUUGGUCCCGCCAGCGCUCUUACCACCACCUCUCUGACUCAUCCGGAGCCGAGACGUUUGGAUACUUGCAGCGGCUUCGAUGAUGGAUUGCGAACUGGAACAAGAAUUUCUUCAACUUGUGCAUUGCCACCGCCGGCUCCGUCUCCUCCACUGGACCUCAUCUCCAUGGACCUCUUUGAACCUAUGGAAUGUAUACCAUUAGGUCCACAAAUUACAGCAGUGGAUAACAUCGACCAGGGUCCACCUUCAGACGACUCCGAUAUCUUCAUUGGAGAAUUUGAGGAUUGCAUCAUGCUGUCGGACACAGACUGAAUGACCU